GCGGGCAGCCAAAGAUUGCUGUGGCUGCAGAGAUUAGGCUGCUGGCUUGAAGCCUCUGCCGAAUGUUUCGGUAGAUGUCAAAUUAUAUGGUUUCUCAUUCCAGCUGCAACAGACGGAGGCUUUAGUCUCCUGUCGCCCAUGCGCGUGUCUGUGUUGAUAUACGGCUGCCUCGCGCUAACGCGCUAGCUUACUAAAAAUCAAAGCUUUUAUGUAAAUGGGACCAAUUAAAUAUCUGGACAGGCAGCUAUGUGCCGCCUAACGGUCGCUUCACUUGACUGAGGAUGGAAAGAUCUUUUCGGGGAACGCUAUCACGCAAGUUAGACGUCGGAUACAUCGCCCUCGGAGACACUAUCUUCAGAGGAUAACCUGGAUAACCUUACACGAAAUGUCAUAGCGCGUGAGCAGCUAGCACUUCGCUAGCUUGUUAAUGGCUACACGAGAUGGAGAAGGACCUUGUGUUAUCAGCAGCAGCAGCCGACCAUGAACAGCUGCGUGGAUAGCUAAAUAAAUACUUUCUCUGGAGAUGCUUUAGCCUCCUGGGUGGUGUAAUUCACUUACAUAGCAGCGAGUUGCGACCGCUCUAGCGAUCACCAACUGGGAAAUUUGCCACUAAAAAUCUGUGUUGUCUCAACAUUAUAAGUGACAAAGGCAUCGCUGCAUGUUUUGAGGCUGCAAGUAAGACUUGAUCGAAGCGUCGACAUCUUCAGGUCUAACUGUACAAUCUGUCCUGCGUUAUAUAUCAGUGCAAUAACUGCACAGGAAUCAAGCACUUUAUCCGUGCGUGCGUCUGCGAUUGAAGCCGCAAAUACUCCUGUCAAUUCGCCGACAUGAGGAAGUUCUUCGACUCUCGUCGGGAGUUGGUGAGCUCUGGGCCUGGUUCUGGAGGAGGAACCAGCUCUGGGUCUAGUCAUGCAGGCGGAAAUGUCAUCGGCAGAGCCUUCACCAUCGGGCGGCACCAAGUUACUGUCGAUGAGAUCAUUGCUGAAGGUGGCUUUGCGAUUGUGUUCCUUGUGCGAACAAACCAAGGGGUGCGUUGCGCCCUGAAGAGGAUGUAUGUCAACAAUGAGCACGAUCUGCAGGUGUGCAAAUGCGAGAUUCAAAUAAUGAAAGACCUGAUCGGUCACAAGAAUAUUGUCGGUUACCUGGACUCCAGUAUUACGGCCAUGGGAUCGAGGGAUGUGUGGGAGGUCCUCAUACUGAUGGACUACUGCAAGGGGGGACAGGUGGUCAAUUUGAUGAAUCAGAGGCUGCAGACCGGCUUCACUGAGGCGGAGGUGCUGCAGAUCUUCUGUGACACCUGCGAUGCCGUUUCUCGCCUGCACCAGCGCAAGACACCCAUCAUCCACAGAGACCUCAAGGUGGAGAACAUCCUCCUACAUGACAAGGGUCAUUAUGUGCUGUGUGACUUUGGCAGCGCCACUAACAAGUUCCAGAGCCCGGAGACUGACGGAGUGGCCGUUGUGGAGGAAGAGAUCAAGAAGUACACCACUUUAUCAUAUCGUGCUCCUGAGAUGGUGAACCUCUACAAUAACAAGAUCAUCACCACAAAAGCAGAUGUCUGGGCGCUGGGCUGUUUGCUCUACAAGGUGUGCUUCUUCACUCUGCCCUUUGGUGAAAGCCAGGUGGCCAUCUGUGAUGGCAGUUUCACCAUUCCAGACAACUCGCGCUACUCUUAUGACCUUCACUGCCUCAUCCGGUACAUGUUGGAGCCAGACUCAGACAAAAGGCCAGAUAUCUACCAGGUGUCCUUCUUUGCUUUUAAAAUGGCUCAGAGGACCUGUCCCGUCCAGAAUGUGAAGAAUUCUCCAAUUCCUUCUAAACUUCCCGAGCCAAUCAAAGCGAGUGAGGCUGCGGCAGCAAAGAAGAACCAGGCUAAACCCAGACUGACUGAUCCAAUUCCCACCACUGAAACCUCCAUCACUCCUCGCCAGAGGCCCAAAGCAGCCCAUACCCAGCCCGCGGCUGGCAUCCUACCCAUCCAGCCUGCUGCUGUCACCCCUCGCAAGCGGGCUAAUCUCCCAGCUGGUGCAGCCCAGCCUGUGGGAGUCGGCUUGAACUUCUCUCAGCCAGCUGCAGCUCUGCAGUCCCAGAAGGCUCAGCCUCCAGUUCUGCCCCUCGUCCAGUCACAGAACAAUUCAACUCAGGCUGUGGCUCCACAGAAGCAGCAGGUGCAGCCAGCCGCAGCUACAGCAGCAGAGACGACAACAGCAGCAGCAGUCGUGUCACUAGCAACCAAGGCUGACGUCCAACAGCAAGCACAGCCAAUCGUCCAGCAGCAGACCACAUCUCCCUCUGUGGUCAGCGCCACCUCCCAGCAGGCGGCUCAGACUCCAUCGAGCCCGACUCCACCUCAACGCCCAGCUCGGCGCAAGCAGGCUCAGCAGCCACCGACUCAGCUGCCAACGCCUCAGCCUACACCCAGCAAACCGGCCUGUGGUCAGACGCCUGUAUCUCAGCAGCAGCAGAUGACUCAGCCAUCAGCGACCCAGGCUCAGCCCGCCUCCACUGAGAUCAGCCAAAAAGCUGCUGAGACGACUCCACCUGCUUCUCCAAAGACAACUGAGGAGCGAGGCCACCAACGCACACCGAGUGACGCCACAGCGAGCAGCGCUGCUGGAGUUCCAGGGAGCGACUCCUCCCUGCAGCCUCACGGAGCUGUCGAAGAAGCUGCCCUCAUCCAAUCACUUGCAUCUCAACCAAGCACCGCCCAGCUUGUUGAGCUUGGUGUUGGUAAAGGAGAUCAAGAGCAAAACAAAGAUGGACCCCCUGCUCUUGCACCUGGUGAUGCCACCAGCCCCCCCACAUGGAACCCUUUUGACGAUGACAGCUUUUCCAACUUUUCCAACUUCACUGCAGAGGAAUUCAAAACCGAGGACAAAAAGUCUACUGACCUACCUUCAGAAAUGGAGCCAUCAUCCUCAGAGGAGUUGAUACCAGGCUUGCAGGCCUCAUCUGUGGAUCGUACACUCCAAGAUACCGUUGAAAGACCAUCCACCCUCCUGGAUGUGGACUCAGGAGCCUCACUGUUGGUGGUCCCGGAUCCUUUUGGGAUCCUCGAUCUGUCAGGUGCUCCAGAGAAGCUGAUUGAAGGACUCAAAUCUCCAGACAUAUCUUCACUCAUGCUUCCCGACCUCUUGUCAUUGUCCGAUCCCUUCGGUGGCUCCGUGGAGGAUUCUGCUAAAGUUGUGCAUGUGCCAUUGCUAGCAGACCCUCUCCUCACAGACGACUCUCUCCUGGACUGCUCUCUGAUCUCUGGUCUGUCCGCCCCUCCAGCACCGAGCAGUGCCACCUCCUCGGUCUCUUCUGCUCCCACCUCCGCCGCUUCUGCUCUGGAUGAUUUCAGUCUGUUGUCUGGAGACUGUGCACAGCCUGUAGCAGACUCGUCUCUCCUGAUCUCAGACUUCGAGCCGCAGCAGGCCGCCGCGGAGGGAGACGCCGAGGACGAGUUUGACCCGAUCCCCGUCACGGGCCGAAAGAACUCCCAAGUUUCAGGAGGCCACUCGCGCAGUAACAGUGGCGGCUCUGAAUCCAGCCUGCCCAGCUUGGCCCGCUCCAUGCUGCUGGUGGACCAGCUCAUCGACUUGUAGGCGGCGCCCCCUGUAGAAGCUAUAACACUGGAUCAUAGACUGGCAUAGCAUAACGGCAAUCAGCACUGUUGUCAUAGCUAGAUUCCCGCACCCCCCCGGCUGUCAUCUCCAUUCUAGUUCCUCCAGUAGAAACGUCCCUCGCCUUUCAGUGCUUCGUCAUACCUGUCCUCUCCGCCGCGUCAAUUGCAUUAUCUGGCUUCUCUUCACCUCUCAUCUCUCACCCUCUCACUCACAUUUUCUCUUUGUUGUCGUCUCAUGUCUCGCCCAUUGGGUUAAAAAGUGGCCAGUACACUAACAUCAUUGUUUCGAAACAUUAACCGUGACAUCUCUCUGUCGAUCUGGAUGUAUUAUUACGAUUGAGUUUGAGCAAUAUUGCAUUAUGUCUAAUCGCAAACAAUAGAAGAUCAUUGUCGUAAUGUGCAAUAGGCAUGGUUAUAAGUGGUUGUAGUAAUUAUCGUGCACAAGUGAAAUUGCUGUCGUUUGCCUUUUUAAAAUUAUCCUCCCCACAUUUAUUUGCACAUUUUAAAGUAGGAACCAUAGAAAAGUUGAAUGACCAUUUGUUCAAAUUGGGUCAGUUUAUUUCUUCUAUAAACGGGAAACUUAGUCGUGUAGCCUGAUUUGCACAGUAGCAUAAAUGUUACCUCCUGUCUCAACAACCUAAAGCUCCAUAGAUGGAAGGAAAAAUCCAAACCUGGAAACAAAAUGUCCAUAACUACCAGACUGAGUCAUUGUGAUGAACGGUCCUGAAAAUAAUGUGUGAUCAAACUGCUGACUGGUGCAGAAAGUAUUUCAGCUUCACUCUAAAUAUUUGCUGCUGUUUUCAUUUCAUCCUUGAGGCAAGCAAAAGGUUUGGGAAUAAAAUGAUGAAUCUGGUUUAUUUAGGAGUGUUUAUAGCAGUAUGCCAUAUAGAAAGUGCAUGAAAUCAUGACAAUAAUUUGAAUAAUAAAGUAAUAGGAAAUAGUAGAAAUGCAAUACUUUUUAUCUAGAGAGAGACCAUUCAGGUACAUGUUUGGCACCAAGAGAAACAGUCUAAUAUGGCAUAAAACAUAUAUAUUUUACUCACUCGCACUUUUUGUUUAAUACCUACACAAGCAUUCAUUCCACAUUGUGCAAUCUUUCCUACAUUCCUACCAUUUUUCACUCCUAAUUUAUGUAAAUAGACAUCUGCGACCCCUGCAGGCUCCUAUCCAGACCAUAGAGAUGGUUAUUCUUCCCAUGUAAAUAUUAAGUCAUGAAGCUUUACUUGUGGAAAACAUAUUGCUUUACUUGUGAAAUCUCUCAUAUAUCCAUAUAUAUCUAUAUAGAUAUAUCUAUAGAUAUUUCUAUAGAUGUAUAGAUAGGUCUAUAUAUCUAUAGAUAUAUAGAUGUAUCCAUGACAUUGUUUUCCUGUUAAUAAAUGUUAAUAUGAAUAGAGUGUUAGAGAAUGAAUGUAAAAAAUGAAUAUUAGUCUUUAAUAAAAAAAAUCUCUGAUUCACCAUAAUCACUGAAUAAUAUUGAAGAAUACUCUAUAUAAAUAUUUCAUUCCUCUUUGUGGAAUUGUGUGUUGAGAAAGUUUUUUUUUCUUGGUUAUAUCUAUUCAACUAUUGUCAGUAAAUUAAAAUCCUAGUCUUUGUUCAACCUGGAGAUUAGACUGAAUCCCAUGUUUUAUUCCACCACCUCUACCUUUGUGAAAAGAAAGUGAGCCUGUGUUUUGUUUGUUUACACGGACAGAUGAAGGAUUAUAUUUUUAUUCUGGAAAGCGGGAGCUUGACCUCGAAUCUCAGUCCUGUUUCAUUUCAUCGCUAAACUCGAAACCUUUUUGGAAACGUGUACUUUGUAAAGCUUUGUUUUGCUCUACCUGCUUUAGUGAUCACAGAAUUCAUAUCAAAAAACGCAUGGCAGUGUUGUUGAAUGUUCCGUUCACGUGUGUUGGUAUACAGUGUUAUGAUAAGUAUGUAUGUGUGUGUGUGUGGAGUCAGAAUUGUUGGAUGUGUUUUCCAGUUGCCCACUUGUGUUGUUGUUUUCUGCAAAUAUGGCCACGGUUGAGUUGUCAUUAAAAUCUCUUCUGAAAGCACAGCCCCCCUAAAUUCUCUCAGGAAGUCCGAGCUACAUCUGAGAGUUGGGUGCAUGUUGCCGGUCCCCAGGGGAAGUCUGCGCUCCAUGUUACAGUCGAGACUAUUUGUCUGAUGGUAAAUGUGUGAGGGGCUCAGUUGAAUCUGGAGAUGCAACACUGAGCAUUAAGUCAGCUGUGCAGGCUUUGAAACCAUCAGCUCCAAUCAGCACACGUAGGAUCCACAUCAGUUCUUAGGCAUGCAUGUUAAAAGACUCCACCACUUUUUUCAUUUCAAGUGAUGGUUUUUCUGACUUAAAAUAGUCCCUUCUGGAGGUGAGCGUUAAGAGACAUUUAGUUUUUUUGUUUUUGAAGCAUAACAAGAAAUGUUACAAAUCUGCUCACAUCUUAAUGGGUUUCCACUUGCUAGUUACAUAUAUUCAACUUGCAUAAGUGUAACAUCGAAGGCAAGUUAGUCACCUUUUUGAAAGACAAGUCCUGCAGUACCAGAUAAAUCACCUCAAAACCAUCAACUCAAAACUGAAUACAUGUUGUUCUUUGAUGAUAAAAGGUCACCAUCAUGAAUUUAAACCUCUUUGCUUUUGUCCUAUUUUAUUCCUUAACCCCUCAGAUGUUGACUUAUUUUGUGUAGAACUCUGGAUUUCUCUUGAUUUUCAAUGACAUCGUCUGGUCUUUGAAAGAACAUUGACGAGAGCUGAAAACGAGGAGAGUUUCAAAGCAACUGUAUUUACUGUAGGUGCUGCAUGUGCAACUAAAGGCUUACACACCUUUUUAUCAUCCUCUUUACGAUCCUCGCUCUGAACAACAUUCGUAGUGACUGUUUGAACCUAUGCAACUCCCGAGCGUUCUCCCUGUAGCCGCCAGUGUGCUGUUGUAAUCGGUGAAGCAGGUCGUGAGAUUAUUAUGAAACGGACGCCCCUCAUUUUCUCUGUUGUUUUGCCACAAAUGAAAGCUGAUUCUAUGAUGAUAUUGAGUGUUUUUUUCUGAGACACCUCUUGUCUUUAUGGCCCAAACCUGCAUCAGAGCUGUGGUAUCGUGUGCUCCUUCUAUUUUUGUGAGAUAAUUAAAGAAUUAUAAACGGAUGGCAAAUAAAAUACAAAUGUGAAUGUCAA